AUGACCGCGGCACCCAUUUUGGACUGUCCGAUAAUUUCCGUGAACGUGCGCGUGUGGCACUUUUGGUCGUUUGUCCUUAAGCACGACGCGAUGCGUUACAUCAGCAUCAUCCCAGUAGGCGUGAUGAAUGUGUUUAUGUUUGCGGAUUUGUACCGGGCCUGGGGCAACAUCGACGAGGUCAUCAUCAACGCCUACUUUGCGAUGAUUUUCUUCAACGCGGUGCUGCGAACAAUUUUCAUACUGUGCAAUCGUCAGGAUUAUGAGGAUUUCUUGCAACGCAUCGCCGAAGUUUACUCGGAAAUUGCUAUGAUUGACGACCACGUGGUGCAGAAGCUGGUGAGAAAAUUCACCAAACGUGCCCGACUGCUCUCCAAGGCCAACCUGGUCCUCGGGGCAGUCAUCAGCACCUGUUACGUGGUCUACCCGCUGUUCACCGGCACACGUAGCCUCCCGUACGGAAUGUUCAUCCCCGGGGUAAACAACUUCAAGACGCCCCUGUACCAGGUUUUCUUCAUCGGCCAAGCGGUGCUCACUUUUCCCGGCUGCUGCAUGUACAUCCCUUUCACGAGCUUCUUCGCCACGACUACUUUGUUCGGACUGGUGCAAAUUCAAACUUUGCAACGCCAACUGCGAACUUUCAAGGAUGAGGUCGUUAAGGAAAACCGGGCGCUGGUCGAAUCCAAAUUGGAAAAAUGCAUCGAAGACCACAAGAGAAUCAUACGCUACGUUUCCGACGUGAACUCGCUGGUGACCUACAUCUGUCUGAUUGAGUUUAUGUCCUUUGGACUGAUGCUGUGCGCGCUUCUCUUCCUGCUGAACAUUAUCGAAAAUCCCGCGCAAAUUAUCAUCGUGGUGGCGUACAUAUUUAUGAUAAUUUCGCAGAUUUUUACAUUUUACUGGCACGCCAACGAGCUGCGCGAGGAAAGCAUGGGAAUCGCGGAAGCGGCGUACGAUGCCCCCUGGGUCGAACUGGACGAUUCCAUGAAAAAGAAGCUCCUGCUGAUCAUUGCUCGCGCCCAGCAACCCCUUGAGAUCACAGUAGGCAACGUCUACGCGAUGACUUUGGAGAUGUUCCAAUCGCUGCUGAAUGCGUCCUACUCGUACUUUACCCUGCUGAGACGCGUUUAUAAUUGAGAACAAGAAGAGAAUAAUCCAGAACAUUUCGGCAAACCGGACCCAACUGCUAGCUACUCGCCCAACCGGACAUGAGACAUUUUGGCACAAACGUAGUUUUUGAUUGCACAUUUUCAGCUGCAUUGCACAAACAUCAUAGCAGGCGGUGCCUGUCCAGAACAGCACAAAGCUUCGCAUAACUGACAACUGACCAAGUCGUGCUGCUGGAGCUCCCAAAGGGGUAUUAAACUGCAACUGCAAAAAGUGGUAGCA